AUGCCUUACUGUCAGAUCACCAAGUGCUGAGAAAAUUUCGAAAAUUGGUGGCAUGAACGUCCACUCAUCCACCAGAUAUCGGGCUCAACGAGCGCAGCAGCAUGUGGCUGUCUUUUGCAAGGCCAACAACACAAAAGGGGUUCCUUCGAACCAAGCAGCGUUGCGUGCCGUCCCUGUUAUAUCCUCUUCAUGGACCCGCGAUUCAAACAGGUCAGGUCUGCGACAUUUCACGUCCAUUCCUUCGAUGAGGGGCAACGGGCUUCGUACCCCAACCGUUGGGGGAGUAUUUGACACUAUAUCGAUAGACGGUGAAGUUCUGGAGAGUGCCGUAAAGGAUGCCGGUGUACCGACGCACAGCACAAGAACUUCACCGACAGAUUUGCAAAGCUUGGUUCCUGAGGAGGUGCUACCGCCGUGGCCCAUCUUGCACAAGCUGUAUGAAGACAAGCGGGUCUCUAUACCUGCUCAUCAACAGGUGGCCUUGGUAUCGGCAAUCAUAGACUUUGGGAAAAAUAAUGCAGCUGGGAGUACUGUUGUCUUGGAGCGAACGCUUAUGGAGAUUGCAAAUAGGGACGUACGAAAUCUAACGAUGGUGGGCACUAUGUUAGCCCGACAUUCGCCAGAUGGAUUACCCCUCGCACGGAAGAUGUUGGAAAUCGCAUCUCGGUGCGGCGAUAUGGAUGCAGAAUAUCAAUAUGCCCAAGUUCUAUCCAAAGAUAUUCCCGGAUUCAAAAAGGACGUUAAGCAGGCUCUCCAAAUCAUGCGAUCCUUAGCAAGUCGAAAGCACGGGUUGUCCCAGUACAUCCUUGGUCUACGUCACAUCUCUACGGGAUCUGACGUGUCUUCAGGGAUAAAGUUGCUUGAAUCCGCAGCUACAAGUGGAAUUACUCAAGCAUAUGGCCAGCUAGGUUUUAUUUACGGGAAGGGUAUCGUCCCCGUUGUUCCUAAGAAUGUGCCCAAGGCGAUGAAGUACCUGCAGCACGCACAUGAGAAAGGGAUGGUCGAAGCUACAUUUCUGCUUGGGACCCACUAUGCGUCGGGAGAAGGAUCACCUGAUGGACGCCCCGAUGCUAAGAAAGCGCUUGAGCUGUUUCUGCAAGCGGCUAACAAGGGGUUGUCAAUAGCGCAGCACAAUGUUGCCAGCAUUUAUUUUCAAGGCAACGAAGAGUUCGACAUAAAACGCGAUAUUUGGGACGCCAUCGAGUAUUGGAAAAUGGCAGCAGAACAGGGCCUUCAGAUUUCGCAAGUCAAUUUGGGAAAAUUGUAUCUAGAGGGACUGAAGAGGCAACCUGGAGAUCUUUUCAGGAAGGUUAACAAAGAUUUAAACCUAGCUAGGUCAUAUUUGGUUGCAGCGGUGAAAAGAGGCGGGCCGCUGGCUGAGGAAGCACAAGGGCUUUUAACAAGGGUGGAACAUGAGGCCGAACGGGAUGCAUCGCAAGGCAGAUGUAGAAUAAUGUAGAUCGUACAGUAGAUAUUGAGGUUUAAUGAUAUUUAUUCAUGCGCUUGCA